AUGAAUGAGACACCUCCAAGAGACAGUGCGAGAGCCUCAGGCCUACUCAGCGCGGGGUACGCCGGGAGUUGUAGUCCCCUCACGGCGCGGAGCACGCCGGGAGCCCUUGGCCUCAGGGAGCGGUGCUUCCGCAGUCCCGCCCAGCGCCCAGUCCCUUGCGCAUGUGCCUGGGCUGCGGCGGGGGUCUAUCCUGUCCGUAGGAGCUGGGCCAUGGCAGCAGCCGGCGCCCCGUCGGGCGGAGGGGCUGGGAGCUCCAAGGUGGCGCCCAGCGUGGAUUUCGAUCAUAGCUGCUCCGACAGCGUGGAGUACCUGACCCUCAACUUCGGGCCUUUCGAGACAGUGCAUCGGUGGCGCCGCCUGCCGCCCUGUGACGAGUUCGUAGGGGCCAGGCGCAGCAAACACACCGUGGUUGCCUAUCGGGAUGCCAUCUACGUGUUUGGUGGUGACAAUGGAAAAACAAUGCUGAAUGACCUAUUGAGAUUUGACGUAAAGGAUUGCUCUUGGUGCAGGGCUUUUACCACAGGGACCCCUCCAGCGCCCCGGUAUCAUCAUUCAGCAGUAGUCUAUGGGAGCAGCAUGUUUGUGUUUGGUGGCUACACUGGAGAUAUAUAUUCCAAUUCCAAUUUGAAGAAUAAAAAUGAUCUCUUUGAGUAUAAGUUUGCAACUGGCCAGUGGACAGAGUGGAAGACUGAAGGAAGAUUACCAGUUGCAAGGUCAGCUCAUGGUGCAACAGUGUAUAGUGACAAACUGUGGAUCUUUGCAGGAUAUGAUGGAAAUGCACGGUUAAAUGAUAUGUGGACGAUUGGCCUACAGGACAGAGAGCUAACAUGCUGGGAAGAGAUUGAACAGAGUGGUGAGAUCCCUCCUUCCUGCUGUAAUUUUCCUGUGGCUGUUUGCAAAGACAAGAUGUUUGUGUUUUCUGGCCAGAGUGGAGCAAAGAUCACCAAUAAUCUCUUUCAGUUUGAAUUCAAGGAAAAAAUUUGGACACGAAUUCCUACUGAACACUUACUUCGGGGCUCCCCUCCUCCUCCACAGCGAAGAUAUGGUCACACCAUGGUUGCCUUUGAUCGCCACCUCUAUGUGUUUGGUGGUGCUGCAGAUAACACAUUGCCAAAUGAACUACACUGCUAUGAUGUGGACUCUCAGACCUGGGAAGUUAUCCAGCCUAGUCCAGAUAGUGAGGUGGCCCAUCCAGAAGUUGCUGAGAGGGUAGCUGCCCCAGAAGAAGCUCCUUCCUUCUCCUCAGAAGAACGUGGUUUAAAAAAAUCUCGAGAUGUAUUUGGUUUAGAUUUCGGCAUAACAACAGUUAAACAACAGCCCACAGCAGACUCUGAGCUGCCAAGUGGGAGACUCUUCCAUGCUGCAGCUGUCAUCUCAGAUGCCAUGUACAUCUUUGGUGGGACAGUGGACAAUAACAUUAGAAGUGGAGAAAUGUACAGAUUCCAGUUUUCUUGUUACCCAAAAUGCACUUUACAUGAAGAUUAUGGAAGACUGUGGGAAAACAGGCAGUUCAGCGACUUGGAGUUUGUUCUGGGAGAGAAGGAAGACCGAGUCCGGGGACAUGCAGCCAUUGUCACAGCUCGCUGUAAGUGGCUAAGGAAGAAAAUUAUACAGGCAAGGGAGAGAUUGAAACAGAAAUCUAAGCAAGAGAUUGAAGAAGAGGGACAAGCACUGUCCCAGAACGAGGGGAUUUGUGGCAAUGUCAAGCUGUGCUGCCUGCAACCCCUGCUGGAAGUGACAAUCCGAGAAGCUGAAGCUCAGCCCUUUGAGGUGCUCAUGCAGUUCCUGUACACGGAUAAAAUAAAAUACCCACGCAAAGGUCAUGUGCAGGAUGUACUACUUAUCAUGGACGUGUACAAACUAGCCCUGAAUUUCAAGCUCUCGCGACUGGAACAGCUCUGCCUCCAGUAUAUUGAAGCAUCUGUAGAUCUACAGAAUGUGCUCAUUGUGUGUGAAAAUGCUAACAAGCUUCAACUGGAUCAACUAAAGGAACACUGCCUGAACUUUGUGGUUAAAGAGUCACAUUUUAAUCAGGUAAUAAUGAUGAAAGAAUUUGAGCAUCUUUCCUCAUCCCUGAUAGUGGAGAUAGUACGAAGAAAACAGCAGCCUCCUGUUCGAACACAUUCUGAUCAGCCUCUGGAUAUUGGAACAUCUUUGAUUCAGGAUAUGAAGGCUUAUCUAGAAGGAGCUGGGAUCGAGUUUUGUGAUAUCAUCCUCCUGUUAGAUGGCCACCCAAGACCAGCACAUAAGGCAAUUCUGGCAGCCCGCUCCAGUUACUUUGAAGCCAUGUUCCGUUCCUUCAUGCCAGAAGAUGGACAAGUAAAUAUUUCUAUAGGUGAAAUGGUUCCCAGUAAACAAGCAUUUGAGUCUAUGCUGAGAUACAUUUACUAUGGUGAAGUGAACAUGCCUCCUGAAGAUUCCCUCUACCUCUUCGCUGCCCCUUAUUAUUAUGGUUUCUACAACAACAGACUUCAAGCAUACUGCAAGCAGAACCUGGAAAUGAAUGUUACAGUGGAAAAUGUGCUCCAGAUUUUAGAGGCAGCUGACAAGACACAAGCUCUGGACAUGAAGAAGCACUGCCUACAUAUCAUUGUUCACCAAUUCACCAAGGUCUCCAAGUUGCCAAACCUGCGAUCCCUCAGUCAGCCGCUCCUUCUUGACAUCAUAGAAUCAUUAGCCAAUCACAUAUCAGACAAGCAAUGUGCAGAGCUGGGUUCAGACAUAUAA